AUGAAGAAGCGCGUUUGUGUCAUUGGAAUGGGUCGUUUCGGAAUUGGUGUUGCUAGAGAGCUGUACCAGGCAGGGCACGAUGUCCUGGUAUUGGAUACCGACGAAGAAAAAGUACAGGGUAUGUUGGGUGGCGCUACUUACGCUGUCCGAACGGACGCCACCAGCGAAACAGCGCUUAGACAGUUGGGGGUUGCCGAGUACGAUGUUGCGGUAUUGACUCUCGGCGACGAAAACGUGCAGUCCAGCAUCCUGAUCGCCAUGGUCCUGAAGAGCAUGAAUAUUCCCUUCAUUGUCGCUCGAGCAGCCAACGAAUUGCACGGCGAAGCCCUGGAAAGGAUUGGCGUAAACCGCGUAGUUUAUCCUGAAGAGGAAAGCGCCAGGCGCCUAGCUCACGUGGACUUCAACGCUGGCAUCCUGGAUUAUAUGGAGAUUCUCUCCAAUGUAGGCAUCAGCAAAGUGCGCCCCCUUCCAGAAAUGGUUAGAAAGACCCUGGAAGAAGCGGGCCUCGCUGGCAAUCACAAUGAGCGGUCACUGACCAUACUUGCUCUUCGCCGGGGACGCCGUUACAUCCUUAAUCCUUCAAAGGAUGAGAAUAUUAUGCCCGGCGAUGUGCUAUUGGUAGCGGGCCCCAGUGAGCAGGUUGCCGAAGUCUUUACCACCGGCGAGGCGCGUCAGCAGGCCACAGCCGUUUAG